CGGCCCCCCUUGCGCGGGUAGCAGCCUCCAUCUUGCCUGCGAGUGAGACAGGGAAGCAGCUCUAGCCGGCUAGCGGUACCAGAUGGGUGGGGACCUGAGAUGCUGCGGCUGAUGACAGCUCGGCAGGGAGGAAUGAAGGCGCUCUCUGUGCGGGUGUUUGGCUGAAAGGCUUCGGGAUAGCGCUAGCCCGGGAAUCCCAGGAAUAACAGCUGGUAAAGAGCCACGUCAGUGACAGCUCUAUGUAACCUGGCUGCCGUGCCCUCCCCGCACUGCCCCAUUCAUUAUACAUGGAGGCAGCUAGGUGCUGCUCUGGCAACAGUGCUGGCUGCGCAGGCUCGGUACAUGCUGCAGGAAUGGCAGGCUGGCUGUGAGUGAGUUCAUGUGGGAAAGGCCGGAGUAAUAAUGAAGGAGUCCUGCCGGAUCUGCGGCCGGGAGCUGUGCGGGAAUCAGCGCCGCUGGAUCUUUCACACCGCCUCGAAGCUCAACCUGCAGGUGCUGCUGUGUCACGUCCUGGGCAGGGAGGUGCCCCGCGAUGGCAGAGCCGAGUUCGCCUGCAGUAAGUGCGCUUUCAUGCUGGAGCGGAUGUGCCGCUUUGACACUGUCAUCGCCCGCAUCGAGGCGUUAUCCAUUGAGCGGCUGCACAAGCUGAUUUCCGAGAAGGAGCGCCUCAAGCACUGCCUGGCCGGCCUCUACAGGAAGCAUAACAGCGAGGAGGAUGGGCCAGACACCGGGCCAGACAGCAGACCAGCGGCAGAGGGCGGCACAGUGGACAUAUCCGAGCUGCCAGAUGUGCGCUACUCGGCUCUGCUCCAGGAGGACUUCGCCUAUUCUGGCUAUGAGUACUGGGCAGAGCUGGACCAGCAGAGCCAGGAGCCGCAGCACUGCCAGCACACUGACACCGGGGGAGUCCGACCCAGGCGCUGCCGUGGCUGCUCCGGCCUGAGAGUGGCAGAUUCUGACUAUGAAGCAGUCUGUAAGGUACCCAGGAAAGUGGCCCGGAGCCCCUCAUGUGGCCCUUCAACCAAGGGCUCUGCCAGCUUUUGCACUGAGGAGACCAUGGUCACCCAGCCGCCACCUCAGCCACUGCCAGAGGCCAAGGCACCACCAGAGGGAGAUGGGCUCAGAUUGUCCUCUGGUUCCUCUGCUGAAUCCCUGGCUACUCACAUGGAUGCUGCUGCUACUCCCUCUCACAAAGAGGAGGAACCCUGCAAGCCUCCUGGGGAUGAUGCUAAAUGUGACUACUGCUCCAUUAAUCAUGUUGCCCACUCCCCCGUCAAUGGUAGUAGAAGUGAAUUUGCCUUUCUUUUGGCUAAAGUGUUUAACUACAAGCCUGUACAAAUCCCUCGUGGUUGCAGGAUACCUGUAAAGUCUAGGCUACAUGACUUCAAACCAAACAUCAUGGUGGCCAGUGGCCUGUCUGCCACCCCCUCGCCUGGGCUUGGGUUCCUGGGCAUCAUUGCAGAAUCCCCUCCCAGUAAUGCUCAGGACUUUGUGCCUGAACUUUAUGAUGUGCAAGACCUAUGGCAAGAUGUCUAUGAAGAGUAUAUACCGCUUCACACACAGAAUUUGCUUGAGAAGCAACAUCAGAAUGUAUCUCAGUAUGAGGCAUUAUCUGCUCAGCAUGUGUCAGACCUGCAGACCCUCCAAGGAAGACUCCAGGAAACAGAGGCCUCCAAUAAGAUGCUGCAGGAGAGUUUGCAUCAGGUGACAGCAGAGUUGAACUCUGCACGAGAACUAUCUUGCAAUCAAGAGCGCAUUAUCCAAAGCCUAAGAGAAACUCUGCAGAGCAGAGACAGUGAGGUUGCGGAUUUGUACCAUAUAGUUGAAGGACACAAUGAUACCAUAGUGAAACUUCAAAAUAUGCUACAGAAAAGCCAAACUGAACAAUUACAGGCUUCCCAGGUGACCCCGUCCCAGCAGCAGCUGCAGCUGUUGGAUCUCCAGAACACUUUGUUCUGUACACAGAGGGAACUGCAGAAGCAACAGAGGACCCUCCGACAGAAGGAGCGUCAACUCACAGACUUGGAGCAAUCUCAGAGAUUGCUGGAAGCUGAUUUACUUGAGGGACAGCAGCAGAAGGAGACUACUUGGAAGCACAACCAGGAGUUGCAUGGAGUACUGCACAAGCUACAGACCGAGCUGCAGGAGAAAAGCCAGCUCCUUCAGAACUCAGAAGAGGAGAAAUGCACAAAGUUGCGUGCCCAGGAGAACUGUAUCCAGAAGCUUCAGCAAACCUUGGCGCAGAAGGAGCAACUGCAGCAGGAGUAUAUGGACCUUUUGAAAUACCAACAGAGCUUGGGGAAACACCCAGGAGGCAGUGAGCACAUGCUGGACAAAUUACGCCAGAGGAUCAAGGACAGAGAUGCUGCUUUAGAACAAGCGGUGGAUGAUAAAUUCUGUGCACUGGAAGAGAAAGAAAAGGAGAUCCAACAGUUAAAAAUGAUAAUACGAGAAAAACAGCGUGACUUAGAACGUCUGCAAAGUGUUCUUUCUGGCAAUGAGGAAACCAUAAAUAGCUUGGAUAACCUUAUGAAGUCUAAAGACUUGGAGUUGGAACACAUUUCAGCAGCAUAUAAGAACCUAGAAUGGCUGAAACAGGAAAUGGAAGAGAAAAAUCAACGUUCUCUGAAAGAGAGAGACUCGAUUAUCCAGCAACUGCAACAAGCUCUGCAAGAUCGGAGCAAAGAAAUUCAGGACAUGAUGGCAACCUUCCUACAGAAGUCUGAGAUGGGCAGUUUUGACUUGAUACAAGAACUACAAGCAUGUCUGGAAUGUAAGGAAAAAAUGCUGCAGGAGGCUCUUCAUAAUAGAAGCCAACAGGCUGAUGAACACAUGAGAGAAUUGGAGGAACUUCUUACCAGCAUGGCAUCAGAAAAAAUGGGUCAGUGGUUUGUCUGUAAAAGUUGUGCUCUAAAAGAAAAACAGAAUUCAGAGAUGGAUCAGUCUCCAGCAUGCCAGAAAACAGUUAAGCAGUUAGCGAAAGCCAAGCCACUUUCUGAUCAUCCAAUCUCAGUAUGUGUGACUUCUUUGUCUGCAGAUCUGAAAGAUCCAGCAGUUGCACAGAGUAACCAAACUGAAGCAUUGGAGAGUGAACUUGCCAAAGCCAAAGAUGAUCUGCAGCUUGUUCUGAGAAAGGAAAGAGAAAAUCAGAUUGAAGUGUCAGCUCUGCAGUCUGUUAUCAGAGAGCAAAGUGAGCAGCUGCAGGAGCAAGCAGCAGACAUGGAUGCUUUGAACAGGAGUAUUCAGAUAAAAGAGGAUCUAAUCAAGGAUCUGCAGAUGCAAUUGGUAGAUCCAGAGGAGGUACCUACAGUGGAGCAUCUUACCCAAGAAGUCCUAAGCUUGAAGGAGAAAUUGGCUAUAUCAGGUGUGCCAGAACCAGAGCAUGGAAUAGAUCAUUACCAGAAGUUAUCAAAGCUAUUGGAGGAGCUUGUUGCUGACAGAAGCAGGCUGAAUGAUGCAUUACAUGCAGAGAAACAGCUUUACAGCAGCCUGGUGCAGUUUCACUCUGACCCAGACAGCAUAAAACGCACAUCAGCACUUCAGGAAGAACUUCUAACUGCACAGACAUUGACGUGCCAAUUGGAAGACACCCUAGAAAUGGCAACAGAGCGCCUUCGGCAGCUGGAUUCAGAGCGGGGGCUGACGGCCAUCACCUUUGGAGGUCUAAAAGAGGAUAAUGAUGUGGAUGAGGAUUCCAGCUCACAGUUCAGUGAUAGCAUAGAAGAUGACACCGAUUAUCAGAGUAAUGGGCAAGGGCCAAAACCACAGGCAGAUUCAAUGGACUCAGCCCCAAUUGUUGCAAAUGGGGACAAGGACCUGCAGAAUGAACUUCUCAGUGUAAGAAAUGAACUCCAACAAGUGAUGGAAGUAAAGACUAAAACAGAAGAGGAGCUUAGAAUUCUGAAGUCCAGAUUGGAAGAGGCAGGAAUAUCCGAUGCUGCAGAUUUCAGAAAUGCACUACAGAUUUUAUGCCAAAAAAGGAAUGAAUGGAAUGUGGAGAUGGAAAGUGAAAAGUUAGGACAAUGGGAGGAUGAAAAGAUGGAGGAAGAGGGCUUAUCAGUAGAUAAGGGCCUAAGAGUGGAGCUGAGAAAGCUACAAGGAAAGAUGAGGCAGGCCGAGACUGUGAUAAAGCAUUUAAAGGAACAGUUGGCACUGAAUUCACAAGAUGGAGCGGGGACAUUUAACCCAGACCUCAUUGUCAGUAUGGCAGUGGAAAUAGAACGCCUAAAGACGGAGAAGGCUUCAGCCACUAUGAAACGUUCAGCUGUGGUAAAUGAGCAGCCUGAGGAGGAAACAUCUAAGAGACAUUGCAACUGGAAUUCGUCAGGGGAUGUUGGAGAACCUGAAAAACAUGGCACAAAACAGAAGCCACAUGUUGUGCAAAAGGAGCUAGGCAGUGACUGGCAGGAAAACGAAGCCAAUCUGGAGGUCCAGACCAUGCAACUGCGUUCGGAACUUGCUCAAAGAGUGCGUCAAAACCAGGAGCUACAGGACAAAUUAGUGAAGUCAGAAGCCACUGUGCAUGCACAGACUGAUCAGCUGAAGCAAUACAGAGGCCUGCUUAAUGAAUCAUUGGUAGAACAAGAUAGCAAACAAGUACAAGUUGACUUCCAGGAUCUGGGCUAUGAGACAUGUGGAAGAAGUGAGAAUGAGGUUGAUCGGGAAGAAAGCACCAGCCCAGAAUAUGAAGAGCAUGAAGAAUUGUUUAGUGAGAACAGCCUUAUGGAAGAGCCGAGUUCUCCGUAUAAAGGCUGGUCACCCUUAGUAACUAGCUCACCUUUGAAAAACAAUGAAUGUGGGCAGAAUGACUGGACAUUAGACUGGGAGAAAUCAGAGGAUGUCACAGUCCUUCAGCAACAUGUCAAGAACCUUAAAGUACAAUUACAGAAGGCACAGAAGGUGAUAAGUAACCUACAAAGCCGAGCACGCUCAUUCUCUGCUUCUAGUGACUAUGCUAACCACCAUCGCUUGAAGCACAGCGUCUCUUUUCAUGGCUCCACAUCACACAGCAUUACAGAUGAAGAUGAAGGCUGGCAGUCAGAUACAGUUGGUGUUAACUCUACCAAAGACUUAGAGCAGCUUGUCCAAAGGGUGUCUAUGCUAGAAGCUCAGCUCCAUCAGUCACAUAGAGAUGUUGGUGCUCAGGAUCAGAUUAAAUCUGCAACAUGGCCUGGGAAAUACGACUCCCUAAUUCAAGCUCAGGCUAGAGAGCUGUCACUUCUAAGGCAGAAACUGCGAGAAGGCCGAAGUGUCUGCCAUAUACUCACUCAACAUCUAGGGGACACCAUUAAAUCCUUUGAGGAGCUUCUUCGUGCCAACGAUAUAGACUAUUACAUGGGCCAGGGCUUUCGUGAACAGUUGACUCAAGGGACCCAGCUAGCAGAGAGACUGAACAAUAAACUCAACAGCAAAGAACGUUCAGAUGUCGAUGAUAAAUCCAGACAUGAGCUGUUGGCCAUCAGGCUUAGCAAAGAGCUUCAACAAAAGGACAAAAUCAUAGAGUCUCUUCAGUCCAAGCUCGAAGGCCAUUCCCUUACUCCAUCCAGCAGCCAUGCUAUCUCUGAGUCAGAUCAAUCUGACAGGACCUCUUUUGUGUCCGAUGACCAGCUUUCCAACAAUGAUGAUUUAGAUGGCUGCUCAGAGGUGGCCACAGCCAGCGACUAUACCAGAAGCACCCACGUCGCAGAUGCCAUUCAUAUCGAUAACGUGGCUUCUCACCCCGCAAAACCAUCACUUUCCACUUCUCAUGAAGUUCAGCAACAGCCCAAGCUCCAUGUAAAAUCAGCGCAGCCUCACUCUGCAGAAACUCUGCAAGGACAUUUUAUCCCUCCACCUAGCUCAGUUAAUGUGCUGAGUGCUGCCCUUCCACCCAGUGCACCUUUUCCACCCUUUGGUGCUCAUCCUCCCAUGGUCAGUGGCCCACCAGUCUUCUCUCUGGCAGAAGUACAGCAAGAACUCCACAUACUGCAAAAGCAGCUGGCAGAAAGUAUGCCUAUGGCAUCAUCAGCUAUAAGACCAGCCCAUGCUUCUACUAGUUUUUUUGACACAACCACCUCCUCCGUGUUCCCAUCUUAUUUUCCCCAACCUUUGCAUGACAUACCCAGUACAACAGCAACACAGAAUGCCCCAGGUUUCAGGGCAGCAGAGACAGGAUUCUCAAACAGCAGUGGGUUGUGGGACAUGCAACAUUUGGUCAGACCUGUGAAUGGAAAUGUCCAUGGAGAUGCUUCCUCUGGAUCUUCUGGGUACCAGUCUGCUAGCAAACUCACAGGCUCGGAUCUAUUGGAGGAACAUCUUGCUGAAAUCCGAAACCUCCGUCAAAGCCUGGAGGAAUCCAUCCACAUGAAUGAUCGCCUGAGGGCACAGCUAGAAGACAAGCUCACAGCUGCAACUAAAGGGAGUGGUCCCCCCACUAAUAUUUACAUCCAUGGUUUGGAGUCACUGCCCCAACUGUCCAAUGAGAACAGAGCACUCAGGGAAGAGAACCUCAGUUUACAAGUCCGAAUCAAUCAGAUCUCCAGAGACUACUUUAAGGAGCUGGAGAAUUUGCAGAAAUUGUUAAGCUCUUCAAGGGCACAGCUGAAGAAUGUUGAAACAGAUCUAGAGCAGAAGACACAGGAAAGCAAAAAACUUCAAGAGGAACUUGAUCAAAAGCAACAGGAGAUUCUCCAUCUUCAGAAGGAGCGACAGUCAAAUCAGGAGAAGAGUAACAGGUUACAGCACCAAGCCACUUUACUGGAGCAGCAAUUGAAUGAAAACUGUCAACUGGUCAACAGCAUGCAAUCUGAGCUGCAGGUGUAUGAAAGGCUAUAUGGUUCUUCCAAGCUCGUACUCUCAGCUUUCAGUGGUGAAACAUAUCACAGCCUCCCAGCCAACUAUGACUUUAGCGAACUUCUAUCAGAGGUACGGAGUCUCAGGUCCCAGAUGGAGAAAAGCAUUCAGGUCAACACCUCUAUACGGCAUAAUUUAGAGAAACAGCUAGAAGGAAGCUUUGGGGCAAAUGAGAUGCGGCCCUCAUCCAUCAACAUCUUUCCUCUUUGUGAGCACACUGCAAAGAAGCAGCUUUUCCAAGAUCCGAUCCCUUCUCCUCCUGUGCGAGAUGUUGGCAUGCACUCCCCGUCUACCUUCUUCCCUUCAAGCUCUUUCCUUAAUGCAUCCCAUACAGCACCAGUCCUAGAUCUGUCCCUUCUCAACAAGGCACAAGAAGCAAGUUGCAAUUCUGCAUCAGGGGAGAGCAAGUCGGAAAAGCUCGAAGGUGAUGCACCCGAUGGGUCCUUUGCCAACAAAAAUGGACGUCAUGUCAUUGGUCACAUUGAUGAUUUUACUGCCUUGAAGCAACAAAUACUGGAAGGAAAGAUGUUAAUUCAGAAGAUGGAGACAAUCAUGCAAUCAUCUUUAAACAUAGCCUUCCUAGAAAUUCAUGGGACUAAGGCACUGGAUUAUGGAAGCAUCAAAAGACUUUUCUCUACUACCAGCACCUUACACCAAAUUCUCAAGGAGUCGGCUUCCCUGCUGGGUAUGUUUUGGAGAGCAGCUCUUCCCAAUACACAAAGUGCCACACAGCAAAAGAAAGAGGAGCAGGCUAUGAAAGAGGAAAUUUGUCAGCUGAAAAACAAGUUAAAGGAGCAGGAGGUGGCAUUACAAGAGGCUAAGGAGCAUCUGAAAAGCACAAACCGUGCAAAGGAAAGCAUGGAGCACUUCAUUGUUAGCCAACUAACCAGAACACAUGAUGUGCUGAAGAAAACAAGGUCAAAUUUAGAGCCUCUUCAGAAGAAUAGUGUCAAGGUUUCUUCUGGAAAGUCUCUUUGCAAAGGUCCGGUGCAACAGAGAUCAGCAAAGUUUCAAAGCCAUGUAAUGGACGUCUUCCAAGAACCUCCUCGAAAGAAACCUCAGCUGAAAUCCAUAAAGUGCCCGGAUCACUGGGCUUGCCACAGAUUGAUCCAAGCUACUCAGUAACAAUGCAGCCUUGUGCAGAAGGAGGCUGUCAGUCAUUAAAGGUUACACCCUGGGUGCUGGUUGGAAGAAUAGAAGAAAUAAUCUAGAACACAAAAGGCCCAUAGUCCCUAUGUACUGUUUACUGAUACAUUGCAUUAAUGUUUUUGUUCUGGCAGGAUUGCUAAUAUGCCGAAUUUAUGUCAAAACUAUUUCAUAUGAAUGGAUGCAUGCAUUUGUUUGCAAACGUUUUGGACUGACUAGCUUCCUAUGCAGUAAAAAUGGUGGGGUGGCCCAAGUGUUUUAGCAGUGAUUGUUUCUUCACUGCUUGUUAUCCCUGCAACAAUGAAAGUGACCAUUAUGACCAUGUAUCCAUAUCAUGGGGUCUUCCCAACCAAACAGGGGAACCCCCUACCAAAUGCGGUCUUCCCAAAUUUCAUCCAAAAAAUGGGAAGCCGAACAAAAAAAUCUGAGGACCUCGGGGUCAAGGUGUUCUCCAUCAGCCAGCAGCCAGGUAGUAACCUUUACUAAGGCUCUGAUUUUACUGAUUUUGCUGUGAUUGAGUAGAUUUUAUAUAACAAGAUGCAAUAUUAGAAAGCCAAUGCUCUGUUUUCACGACUUUAGCACUACGACUGCCAUUGUUUGAACCAAAUACCAAAAUAAUAACAGAAUAUGAUGGAGGUUACAGAUAACAGAAUUGGGAGUUAAUUAUCAGCUGAAAAUAGAAGUGAACACAAUGGGACUAUACAUGGAUAUAACUACCACAAAAUGAUCAUUUUAGAAUGAUCCUCCAUCUACCCGUGUAACAGAUCAUUUUCAGAGCAGAUGUCUUCCAGGACAAUCCUCACGAGAAAAUCCAAAUAUUUUGUAGCAAUAUGAUGGGACUCAAAAAUCUAUUUUAUUCAAGAGACAUCCGGAUAAAUUCUUAAUUACAGCAGUCGUAUUUGUGCGUAUAUGGACACUCAAAGUAACACCAACAAUGACCAGCUUAAGACUAUAACAGGUUGAGCAACCUGCAUCAGUAAAUGUGAUACUUAUAAACCUCCAGUGUCAGUGGGUGAGAGGAACUGGUUUCCAUGUGUACAUGUGUGUCCAGAAGAAGCUCAAACAAUUCCCUGCAACAGAAUGCUCCUAUGGACUUGAGUUGAUGAUUACAGCGUAGCAGGAGUGGUUGUACAGUACACAAAUAUUUUUUAGCAUUGUUCAGAAUGUUCUACAGAACUUUUACAAAUCACUGAAACUAUGCAAACAUGGACUUGCAGAGAGUUAAGGAGGGUUAGUUGUAUUUCUUCUAGAAAUCCAACUAACCAGUAGCAGAUUUGAUUAUAACACUGGAUAUAUGGGACUGGCACCACCAACCAGCACAGAGCAGGUUUAGUAAGCCUAAUGAAAUGGAUUCCUGCAAAUGUUAUCUCUACAUCAGAGCCUCUUAAGGCUUGUGAAUAUGAAGAGUUGCACAAUACAGAAAGAAGUUCCAUCAUGCAGAGUCAACAUGGGAUUUAGCAGUGUUUUUCCUAUCCAAUUUAGGAUGUCUGGGUUGGUUUUUCAUUGUUAUCUCUGCAGAAAAUAUAGAAGUUAUUCUCUUGCUUAUUAAUAUAUUCUACAGGGAACAGUGAGUCUGCCUGACACCCAUAAAGAACCCAACAAAGUUUACUUAUGGUACUAGGGAGUCAUUAGUAGUCAUUAUUUGGCUAAAGGCCAGCAGUAUUCAUAAGGAAUACAGCAGCUAGCUCUUGGCUUACCAAUGCAGUUUUUAAGGUACUGACCUACAAAAGCUCAAGAUAUUUUUCAGUUAACCCUGCAAUUCAAGACAAGUUUAGCUGCUUCCGUAUUUCUAAAACAAUGAUAGCAAACCUACAGCUCUUCAGGUUUAGUGUAAUAGCACCUACCGGCCUCUUUGGCUGCUUAACAAAUGGCUAAAGAGAAUGGGAGAUGGGUUAAUGCCCCGUGUGGAAAGCCACAGGGUGACAAUCGACGACUGAAAACAUCUACAAAAUGUUCAAGUAAAAUGACCUGUGAUGUAAUGGGCAAAAGCCUUACAUCGUUUUAUUAUGUAAAUUAAUAUAUACCUCCUUCCCUUCAAACAGAUGCACUUGUAUAUUUUAUGCCUUUAUUUGCUUGUUGUGUUAGCUGUUUUUUCUUGCUGUUAAGUUAUGUAUGAUAGCCCUGCAGUUGGAGACAGGAGGGCUCAGCUGCUAAUGCUAAUGAAUACAUUUAGACCGUGUGCCAUAUUUUAUUUGCGGAGUGUACAGUAUCUUUUAUAAGCAGCUUUAGUUUAAUUUAUGGAGUAGUAAUAUUUUGGGAAAUUACAUUAUUGGCUGUUUUCCUUUAUAACACAAUUUUUUUUCGUACCCCUGAGUUUGCCAGCAGUGUUGCAUCAUGAAACGGCUUCCUCCGUACUUCAUAGACAGUAUUGUGGAGGAAACAUUAAUGCCAGGAAAGAAUUUGGUGCCAGAUUAUUUGGGUUCAGUAGCUUGAAAUAUAUCUAGGUGCAUUUCUACACUAAAAUUCCUAAUAUUAGUGGAUUCAUUAUCCAGGCACCAUAAAACUUAAGAAGUAGAGCUGGCUGACAUUCUAUGUCCUUAUAGCUCUGGCUCUCAGAACAUAUACUUCUCAGUACAGUGGGAAAGUCAUACUUUUGUGUGCUCCCAUUGGGCUCAGAACACAUCAUCUGUCCAGCCUGUUGCCUCAGUGUUCAGAGCCCUGCAGACUUGUCUGUAUCACCAUAAGGCAUGGAAGCUUUGUAUGAAGCCAUGUAAGCAUCACACUACAUGGGCUACUGGUGGCUUCAGCUAUGUCUUCUGGGGUAAAACCUGUAGAUCAGUUGUAAUGGCCGAAUCCAAGAACAUAGUUCCUUUCUUCUGGGAUAGUAUUAGGCUAAUGGCACAUGUAUUGUUGCAGGAAACAACAUUUUUUUCAUGCCCAGAAUAGUGUUUAAUGUAGAAUUAUGAGAAAAUUAUGGAAUUGUCUGCUUCUACCUAACAAAUAUACUUGUGGGCAAUUAGGGGAAUUUUGCUACUGCUAAUAGAGUUAGGUAAAAAGAUUGUUGAGAAAACACCCCAAAUCACUAGGUAAGCCUUAUACUCUUGGUUUAGAGGCUUGGACCAUUAAGCCCAUGGCACACCAGGCAUUUGUUCUGCCAGCAAAGAAAUACCUGACAUUAGCCCAGUCUGCCAUUAAAGUGAACGGCACUGGCAGAUUUUGGGCCGAUAGUUUGUACUUGAGACUGUGACAAGCAUUUCUCCCCUGACUGACUGCUUGCCAUGGGCCCCACACUGAAAGGCAACAUGUAGUUUUGUUCAAGUUUAGUAGUAUUUCUUGCCAUAAGGGAUCCCAUCCCAGCUCCAAGAUUUACGGGUUUUUUUUGAUAGGGGUGACAUACCCAUUUCACCAGUGUUAAAGGUGAGUUUUGAUGUAAAAAUACACCUAGAUGUAUCUGUAUGUUACUGAACCUUGGGGGGGGGGGGAGUGGGUUAGUAAAUCUGCCCAGUGGUAUAUGUACAUUAUGUGUAUAUCUGUAAAUACAUGGUGUGGAAGUGAUGUGUAUAGACAGCUCUGACAAUACCUAGCAGUUUAUUAUGUAUUGAUGCAAGUGCCUGCCUCCCAAACAUUGUGGGAAGAUUAUUAAUUAAAAUGAGAAAAAAAAUGGCAAAAAAUAUUAUUUUUCUCCUUUAUGGUGGACCUGUAAUAAAAGAAAAAUUAAAAAAU